AUGGAGUCUGCAAAUAUUCAUCAACAAAAGAAACAUCAUCCUCAAGAUCAUCAUCAACUUGUUGGCUCUACUUCUUGCUAUGUAGUUGGAAGCUCUCAAUCUUGGACUCCUAACACCAUUUCAGACUCAGAUAGCCUCAGUUCAUACCCUAAUGGAGGCAUUAUAAAUCCAAGGCAGGCGCAGCAAAACCAGAAUCCACUCUCUUCACUCUCUUCCUGGAAUAUUUCCAUGACUCCAGAAACUGGAUUAUUUCAAUGGGAUAAUCCUGCAGGAAAUUUACAAUCCGGAAGAGUUAAGGGAGAAUUUUCAGAUAAUUUCAACCCUAAUUUCACAGAGAUUUUAAACAGCCAAUCAUCAAGAAUUGAAGAUUUUCGCGUAAAUCCCUCGAACUACAAUAACAAUAAUGAGCUAAGAGAUUUGCCAUUGAAGGAUCUCAGCGCGAAGCUUCUGCUUAGACCAUUUUCUUCUGGAAAUCUUUUAAAUGGCCGGCAUAAUUUUUCUCCAGGAAAUUUGUACCCCAACUCUUCAAGCACAGGAAUUAAUGGAUCAACACAGAGUGGAAGGGGUUUCAGUCAGAUAUUUCCAAGCAUAAAUGUUUCAAAUUUCAAUCUGCAGUCGGCACCAUUAGCGAAUUCAGGCAAUAUGGACAUGAACUUGCAGGCACUAGAUCUCCUUACAGCUUCAAAAUUUAAUGGAAAUUUUAUAAGCCCAAAUUCACAGAACGGAUUAGGCCUUUACAAAGAAGGUUUUCGUUAUGGCCUUGAAUAUCUGCAGCAAUCAAGCCAAAUGCCAAUGAAUUGUCCUAAUAAGGCAUCACCCUUUAGUAAAGGAGUUGCAGAAGCAAAACGAAGCAGCAAUACAAUGGAGACAAAAGCACCCAAAAAAUCGCGUAAAGAACCACGCACUUCUUGCCCACCAUUUAAGGUUAGAAAAGAGAAAUUGGGAGAGAGAAUUGCUGCCCUUCAACAGUUAGUAGCACCUUUUGGCAAGACAGACACAGCAUCCGUACUGAUGGAGGCCAUUGGUUAUAUCAAAUUCCUUCAAAACCAAGUCGAGACUCUAACUGUCCCUUACAUGAAGUCAUCCAGUAACGAGACCGGCAGAGCAAUGAAAGGGGUUCCCACUGACUACGAAAACGGAGAACUGAAGCGAGAUCUUAGAAGUCAGGGGCUGUGCUUGGUGCAUUUGUCGUCCUUAUCGCAUGUAACUGAUGACUCUAACUGUCCCUUACAUGAAUUCAUCAAGGAACGAGACCGGCAGAGCAAUGAAAGGGGUUCCCACUGA